CGGCGGCGUCCAAGAUGGCGGAGGGGACGGUGUUUUGGUGCGGGCUGUGCCGGCGCAGCGCCUUCGUGGGCCGCAGGAGGCACACCUUCAGCGCCGGGCACCAGCGCCGCCUCCGCGGGACCCUCGCCCGCCUCGCCCACAAAGUGGACGCGGCCCGGAAGAUGCUGAAACACGCAGAAGUGGUGCCCUUUGACCCAGCGGAGCACGAGCGGCAGUUCUGGUGCGCCUGCUGCGGGCAGGAAGUGCGCCUGCACCUGAGCCAUGGGUCCCUGGCGGUGCUGCAUGGGGGCCUCCUGGAGCAUCUAGCCAGCCCCGGCCACAAGAGAGGAGUUGCUGCCUUUUGGUGGGAGAACAAAGCUGACCCAAAGCUGAAGGCAAAAUUCCUGGUGUCCCCUGAAGAAUACGAACUCUUCAAAGCAUCACUCACCAAAGCGCUGGACGCUUAUGAAGAAAAGGAAGACGAGGGCAUCAAAGAGGCGGCGGCCCGCAUCCGAGAGGCCGAGCAGAGGCGCCAGGAGAUGCUGCAGGCCCUCUUAGAGCCACAGAGGGAGACGGAGCCCUGUGAUGGAGCAGCUGCUGCGGGCAAUGGCUUGACUACAAGGCUCAGUGACUCUGCUUUUGCCACGGAUGAACAGGGACAGCCCCAGCCCAGCAGCAGCAGCACCAUGCGCCACGGAGGACGGCCUGGCUUCCUCCACAGGAGUGACCCUGAGCCGGACUGGCUGGAGUCAAGGCAGCCCUUGACUUUCAUUGGCCACCAGGACGCAGCCAGCGGAGGCAACAUUCACACAGGUGCCAAACCCCCUUGGAUGAUGGAAGAGGAGGAGGAAGAGGGGGCAAGUCAGGGGCAGAUUGGGCCUUCCUAUGAGGAAUUUCUCAAGGAAAAAGAGAAGCAGAAGCUGAAGAAACUCCCUCCCAAUCGCGUGGGCGCCAACUUUGACCACACUUCGGAGACAGGAGAGGGCUGGCUUCCCUCCUUUGGACGGGUCUGGAACCAUGGACGCAGGUGGCAGUCCAGGCAUCAGUUCAAAGCUGAAGCAGGAGACAAACCCCGAAGUAAAAGGAAGGAGCCAAAAACAGAGUGAAGAGAAGGGAACGUCUCCUGCCUCCAGUUCCUCUCUGUUCAUUCAAUUGCAAAAGAGAUGUAUUGACAUUAUCAUUAGGAAAACCCAAGGGAGUUUUAAACUUUGGUUACAAUUAGAUUUUAUAUUCACAGCAGUUUGGAGUUUUCCUCUUGAGACCAAUUGGCAUGUGCUCCUAUUUAUAAUAGUAACUUGUAUUAAAUUUUAUGUUGAGACUUCAGUAAAUGUGUGUGUUUCCACAAGAGCCUCAAAAGCAAAAUUACUAUCUUCUCCCAGACCACUUAAUUUGUUUCGCUCCACGUGAUAAUGUAUUCCGUGCCUUUUGAUUAUACAAAUAAAGAUGUCACAACUUGUAUUUUCCA